GCGCCCGGCCCUAAUCAUGUGAUAGACGCUCAAUUCACUCAGGACACUUUAAACACUUGGACAAGCAGUUGUUUCGUAACUCUCGGGGAAGUUUUUUCGGCGUCAGCCUAAAUGCUAGUGUGUCAUUUGGAUGUGUUUCAUGCCAUCGUGAUCUGGGUUGUUGCUGUCGUCUGCGGUCCUUCAUAACGGCGCACUUUUCACGUGAGGAAUAUUUACUGACAAAAUUCCAGCGGCGGCAGCCAUGAUCAGGUGUGACCCAAUAAAGCCAGACAUGUCACUGACUUACCCAGCUUACCUGAUUAAACCUGCACCAGAGGCAUUUGGAGUCGUAUUGUCACCUUCCAUGGUUCCUACUUCCACAGCUCACCUAUACUCUCCUCACUACCGCCAAGAACACUACUCCUAUAUGAGCCCCCCUCACACAUACCCUCUGUCCCAGGAUGUCCAUCACUCCCAGAACGAACCUGUCGAUUUAUCCGUCAGCAAAAGAUCCUCCGUUUCAUCGCCUUCAUCAUCUCUGGCAUCGUCAUCUCCCAGAGCCACUCCACCAUCCCCUUAUGACAGCUACAGUCCGGUGUCACGUCCUCGCCCCGGCUCCGGCUCAGGCUCCAUAACAGGAAGCACUUCCGGGUCACCUCAGACAAGGCAGCUGACCCCACCACUGGCCCUUCCUAUUCCUCCGGUUUUGACACCUAUUGUACCAGUGCUUUCUAUGCUGCAGCCGUUUCGUAUGCUCUACCCUCCCCCCCUACACCUGUCUCAAUCCAUCAUGAUAUCACCUGUCACACCUGAGGAUCCUGCUAACCACAAACAGUUCCCUAUAAUGAAGUCAGAGUAUCCCCCAGACAACCAUGAGCUCCUCAAGCCAAUCAAAUCCGAGCCCCACCCUGAACACGCUCAGGAUUCCCACGGCCAGGAAAUAACCUCACCCGUCAUUACUGUCCCACCGAGUUAUGAGGGAAACACACACUCAGUGAUUGUACGUCGAAAGGUAGAGUCUCCAGAUCCGUCGAAGAAGCGUCGAAUUCAUCGCUGUGACUUCAAUGGCUGCAAUAAAGUCUAUACCAAAAGCUCCCACCUUAAAGCACAUAGACGCACACAUACAGGAGAAAAGCCUUAUAAGUGCAUGUGGGAAGGCUGUACGUGGAAGUUUGCCCGCUCCGAUGAGCUGACCCGUCACUUUCGGAAGCACACGGGUGUAAAGCCGUUCCAGUGCCCUGACUGUGAUCGCACCUUCUCUCGCUCCGAUCACCUCGCCCUGCACAAGAAGCGCCACCUGCUGGUGUGAGUUCAAUACUGCACGACGUGAACGGAGGAGAAAUCGCACCUUCGAUUAAGCCGUUGCUCAAGGAGGAGCUUCAUCUUCAGUGAUGCCAAGGGCCGUUUUGUGUUUCCCGUCCCCUUCCAGUUCAGGAAACGUUGCGUAUUAGAAGAAAAGUGUGGAGUUGAUGGAUAAUAUGAUGGCUGGCUCAUACUUCAUGAAAAUAAUUAGUAUCCGAGUGGAUUUUGUCACCAUUACUAUGGAUAUGGAGUAGUGCUGUGGAUAUGACCCUUAUAUAGAUGAAAUUGAAUGCCAAGUCUUUUUCUUGAUACCAAGCUCUCUCUCUCUCUCUCUCUCUCUCUCUUAUCUUUCUAUACACGUCUCUCUCAUUGUUUUGCCCUCUGCAGGUCAGAGGGCCAGUUGUGCCAGUUACAGCACUACACAAACAAGCAUAAUACAUUUACAGAAAGUCAGCAGCCAGUCACACACAAAUACACAAACACAACUCGGACAGUUUCACACUUUUAAUGUUGUUUUAAGAUGCAACUCGGGUCAAACCUGCACAAUGUGAAUUUAUUUUUCUCUUUUUGUAUAUUAUUUGGAAAAAUGAAUGUGUAUAGAUCCUGUAUAUGUAUUCAGCAUGUGUGUUUCAUGUUUCAGUGUAAGGACCAAAGCUAAUUUGUCUUACACCUCAUGCAUUUUCUGAGAUUGUUUGAUUUGGGUCAGUCAGUUCACACCAAGAAUGAUAACUAUAAAGAUAACUAGAUAAUAGUGUCCACACCAAUGCACAAUAAUGUUCUGUUUAUUAUAAACACGCAUUGCAGUCAUCUGCCACUUUAAAUGCUCAAGAUCAAGAUAUUUAAAGAAGAAUGGAUUCUGUUUGGCUGUCAACGAUUGUAGAUUUCAUAAGCUGAAACAAAUUGUUUAUGAAAGUGAUUCCAACAAUAUUGUUCCUCUAUAGCGUUAUUGUUAUAUUUGUGGACUCUGUUCUUUUACAUUUAGAACUAUAUCUUUAUCGUUAUAGUUAUUGUCCUAGGUGUAAACGGACCUUUAUACUUUGACUCUUAAGAGUUAAGUUUUGACUAAAAGUUUUUGGUUCCAAACGUAGCUUUCGAGCACCUGACCUGUUAUUAACCUAGUAAAACAUUGGCAUGUUUUAUUAAUUGUAAUCAUGAGUUAAUACUGUAGUUUAUUACCGUAAGUACUAUGUACUGUGUAAGUUCUUGCAACUAUGCACAUGCACAAUUUUACGAUUUAGUAAUGAAAUAAUAGUAAUGAUUUUACCCUACAUAAAUACAUUUUAAAAAUACAGGUAGAAAGUAAGUGUGAGAGGUUAAAUGUUAAUAGGCUGGUCUGAAAAUUCAACACUUGAUCAUCUAGCACAUACAUGUUAGUUGCAAGGACUUAUAGAAAGCUUAAUUUUGCUUAAUCUCACCAUUAUUCAUAUUUGAAUAAUUUCUGUAAUCAUGAAUAUUCAUAUAAUCCUAAAUAUUUUGUCGUGUUGUAUUUUAUCAAAUCCAGUGUCCAAGGCUCAAAAGGGUAAACUAUUAUUUACUGAGGGGUGUUUAGGUGGAGAAAUGUGAUAAAUGUGAACCAUUCAAUAAGGGGCAUUAUUUUAUUUGAGUGAGUUCAUCUAGGUUAUGGGUAACAUUGUCUUACUGCUAACACUUUGUUUGUGAGAUAUUUGUUAUGUAAUUAUGGAUAUAUGCAGGGACAAGUGUACUCUUGUUUUUCUGUUUGUAGGUUUUGCAAAUCAUUUUCCGUGAACAAAUGUUUGUAAAGGGCAAUGUGUAAACGGAAACAGUGCACUUUAAAAUAGAUUUGAAAUGGCAAAUAUCUGUAAAUGGGAGUCCAUGAAUAGCUUUAAGCUUUGGGCUGUAUUUUUCUCUUUCUUAUAGCGGUUCAACAGUUUGUAAUAGACCAGUUUCUGUUUUUCUCUUCUCAACUGAAGGGCAAUUUUGAAGAAUAUUUUGAAGGAGGAAAAGAACAAGGGGGAGCGUACAUAAGAAAGGAAAAAGUCCUUAAUGAAACAAUUGAGAUGAGUCAAAGAAAGAAAAAGGAUGAAGCAUUUGUUUCUUGGUCUGAUGUAUAAACCACAGCAAAGCUGUACAACACAUCACAGAAAUGAUCUAAUCAGAUAGGAUAAUCGAAAUAUUAAUAUAUAUAUAUAUAUAUAUAUAUAUAUGUGUGUGUGUGUGUGUGUAUUUUUAAUUUUUUUAAAUGGAAUGACUGAACGGGCAAUUUAUAGAAAGCAUGAUUAUGAUGUAUUUUUAAUCCAAAACAAAUAUUAUAUGUUUUUAUAAAGAUGUGAAUCUUCUGUCUUUUCUAAAUUACUUAUAUUUUCACAGUUCAAAGGGAAUAUUAUGCUGUGUCAUUAUAUCAAACUGUGAAUUUAAUACAAAUUGUUCAGACACUUUUUGUAUUAUAUAGAUUUAAAUAUAUAUCAUUCAAUAAACUUUUUA